UAUCCGGCGUAGGGCACCCAGCAUAUCCGGCAUGGACUUUCAUGCAGCUUGUCAAUUCUUGACUUUAGGCAUAUCUAUGUUAAAUAUUAUAUUAUGUGUGCCAAACCAUAGAUAUCGUAUAAGUAUAUCACUCGCACUGUAUAGUUGUGUGUGAAGACAUCUUUACGCCAAAAUAUUUGUCCCGUCAUCAUUUAAACAUGGCAGCCGCGUUAUGCCUAGGAAACCGAAUUUUACUGCAUUCAUCGGUAGGCUUUCAACGGCGUCUGUGCUCUGUAAAGCAAGCGACGCGGUCACGAAGUGACGUCGUAGAACGCAUGAGGCGCUGGAUGAAAGCCUAUGAAGAUUUUGUAGGAAUCACCUCAGUUAAGGAAGCACAAGCUGCAGUCAUUCAGGCAGAGAAGUUGUUCCUAGUGAAACAAGAACAUAGACGAGAGAAGCAGCUUUAUUUGCAAACAGUCCAGACUGCUAUAAAAGAUAUUCGAUCAGAUAUAGACAAGGUUCCUCGAGGUGAUGACAGAUAUCUGGACCUGCUCACUAUCGAACAUAACAAAAUCAAAGAGGAAAAACUGGCUGUGUCGGAAUAUGAAGCCCUUGAAAAAGAGGAGAGAGAGCAUUUUAUUUCCCUCUCUGGAGCCCUUAAAGGAAGCCAAAGGCAGGAACAACAAUAUAGUGAAAAAACUAAAUAUUGGUCGAUUAUUGGCUCUGUGUGUGGGAUCACUAUUGGUGUGUUAGGAGCUACAAUUAACAACUACGUGCGCCAACGCAAGCUGAGGAAAAUUGUGAGAGAUGCCAGCAAUGCUAACUUGCAUGAUUUGCUCGUGGGGUUGUCAGCCACGAUGGAAGGUUCGCAGGAGGGGAUGAAGGAAAUCAGUGCGGACGUUGACGACAUGAUGUCAAAGUUAAAUGAACACAACGCUAAUAAUUCAGAGCAAAAUGAUUGCAUCGCAAAUCUGAAAAAGCAGUUGAAUGACAUAUUAAAUGAUGUCCAGAAGAAUGAACUUGUGUUACAAAAAGACAUGCAGAGUAUCAAGACUAGCAUUGAACAGUCAACGUCAAUGUCACUCGCUAGCACUGGUGACGAUGUGUUGUAUAUUGGACCGAACGUGAAAGAUAUGCUUGAUGAAUCUACACAGAGAAUUAUGGAUAAACUCAAUGCUAGUCAGACUGCAGUAAAUGCAGCAGUAUUUUCAUGGCUGGCUUUCGUCGUAAUUAUAUCAUUAGUCAAACUAGCGAAAGGAGCAUAGACUAUUGUUCAUGGUGAAUUUGGUGUGCUAUUCAGAAGUGCAAGCAGCUGUGAUAAAAUGUAAUAUACGUACCAUGUUUCAAAUUGCUGUGUAUAGUCUGUCAUUGUGCACUAGGUUCAUAACUUUAUGCAGCAAUUCAUUUAUGGAUAGCAAGCAAUUCACGACACUGCCUGUUGUUGGGUUUCGUGGAAAUUGCAGCAGCUAUAUUGAGACGGAUUUGUAUAGCCAGUAUACUCGCAAAAUGUGGUGUAAAUAAUAUAUGCUCUACCAUGCAAUUAAUUAUUGAAGAGAUGGCA